CGGCUUUGGCCCCAGGCCGCCCGGCACAUGCGCAGCCUCGGGAGGGCGCGGGCGGCGCUGGGCGGACCCCUGCGGACCCCCGCGCUGCCCGCGCCUCGCAGAGGCUGUCUGCCAGGACGUGCACGAGUCUUGCCUGCUGGUCGGCCCUCUCUGGGCUGUGGGCUCGGAACCACUGGGCAAACUCCUCACCUGUCACCAUGAACCUGGACAUCCAGUGCGAGCAGCUGAGUGACACGCGCUGGGCCGAGCUCCUGCCCCUGAUCCGGCAGUACGAGGUGGUCAGGCUGGACGACUGUGGCCUCACAGAGGUGCGGUGCAGGGACAUCAGCUCCGCGCUCCAGGCCAACCCCUCUCUGACGGAGCUCAGCCUGCGUGCGAAUGAGCUGGGCGAUGCCGGUGUGCACCUGGUGCUCCAGGGCCUGCAGAGCCCCACCUGCAAGAUCCAGAAGCUCAGCCUCCAGAACUGUAGCCUGACAGAGGCCGGCUGCGGAGUCCUGCCCCGCAUGCUGCGCUCCUUGCCCACUUUGCGUGAGCUUCACCUCAGUGACAACCCACUGGGGGAUGCAGGCCUGAGGCUGCUCUGCGAAGGGCUCCUGGACCCCCAGUGCCACCUGGAGAAGCUACAGCUGGAGUACUGCAGCCUGACGGCUGCCAGUUGCGAGCCCCUGGCCUCGGUGCUCAGGGCCAAGCGGGACUUCAAAGAGCUUGUGGUGAGCAACAACGACGUGGGCAAGGCUGGUGCCCGGGCGCUGUGCCAGGGCCUGGUCGACUCUGCCUGCCAGCUGGAGACACUCAAGCUGGAGAACUGCGGCCUCGAGUCCGCCAACUGCAAGGACCUGUGUGGCGUUGUGGCCUCCAAGGCCUCACUGCAGGAGCUGGACCUGGGCAGCAACCAGCUCGGUGACACAGGCCUCAGGGACCUGUGCCCUGGGCUGCUGAGCCCCAGCUCCCGGCUCAGGGCCCUGCGGCUCUGGGAGUGUGACAUUACCACGGAGGGCUGCAGAGACCUCUGCCGCAUCCUCAAGGCCAAGGAGAGCCUGAGGGAGCUCAGCCUGGUGGGCAAUGCGUUGGAGGACGAGGGCGCCCGGCUGCUGUGUGAGAGCCUUCGGGAGCCCGGCUGCCAGCUGGAGUCCCUGUGGGUGAAGUCCUGCAGCUUCACAGCCGCCUGCUGCCGCCACUUCAGUGCGAUGCUGACCCAAAACAAGCGCCUCUUGGAGCUGCAGAUGAGCAGCAACACGCUGGAGGACUGUGGCGUCCAGGAGCUGUGCCAGGCUCUGGGGCAGCCCGGCGCCACACUGCAGGUGCUUUGGCUGGGGGACUGCGAGGUGACCGACAGUGGCUGCAGCAGCCUAGCCUCGCUCCUGCUCGCCAACCACAGCCUGCGGGAGCUGGACCUCAGCAACAACUGCAUGGGCGACCCUGGUGUCACACAGCUGCUGGAGAGCCUGGAGCAGCCUGGCUGUGCCCUGGAGCAGCUGGUCCUGUAUGACAUCUACUGGUCAGAGGAAGUGGAGGGCCGCCUGCGGGCCCUGGAGGACAGGAAGCCAGGCCUGAGGGUCAUCUUCUGAGUACCACCCGACUGAAGAGAGGUGCUUGUCAACUGAUGGCAAGAAAAUGGCAGACACCUUAUUAAAGUGCCUUCUUGGCUGGA